UGGGGCCUGCAGGGGGGCCUGGGAGCGCUUGGCUCUGAGCUCAGUCAGGAGAGGACCACCAGGAGCAGAGAGGGUGAGCGUCUCUGGCACAUCCGUCCACUCUGCUGGCCGGCCGCACCCCACUCCAGCGCCCUGACCGAGCACAGAGCUCCUUCUUCCUGGGGCCUUUCCUCGCUCUCCCACCACCCCCACCCCCUCGCUCUCCACAGAGGCUCUGGGGUUCACACAACGGGGUUCUGAGUGCUGCGUAGGAGUCUGCCAGCCCCGCCCCCGUGGACAACCCUAAGGGCGUCCGCAGGGCAGAGAUGGCCAGCGGAGUCGAGUGGCGGCUGGCCCGGUACCUGGAUGUGUUGGAAAAGGAGGAGCUGAAGGAGUUCCAGCUUCGGCUGCCUGAGAAGCCCCUCGGCGGGCCCCCACUCCACCUCACCCCGGCUUGUGGGCAGCAGCCAGGAGGCCUGGAGGUGGCCUCACAGCUGGUGGCUCAGUACGGGGAGCAGCAGGCCUGGGACCUGGCCCUCCACACCUGGGAGCAGAUGGGCCUGAGCCAGCUCUGCGCCCAGGCCCGGGGAGAGGCGGCCUUGAUGCCAGCUGAGUAUUCCUGGUUGCCCUGCUCCCCGAGCGCACCCAGCAUGCAGUCACCCAGCGGGCCCACCUCCACCAAGGUGCUGUCAUUUGUCCAGGACCCACCGACUGGGAGUUGGAGACAGCUGCGGGGCAAAUUCAGACGCAGCCUUCAGAACCAAGGCCUUAUCUUGCCCUUUUACCAACCGCUUUCAAGCUCCCCAGACCAAAAGUCGCCACUCCAGGAGUCACCAAGUGCUCCCACAUCCACGGCAGUCCUGGAGGACUGGGUGCCCCCAUCAUGGUCCAGCCACAAGCCCAGAAAGCAGGAGGCUCCCAGAGCUGAGUGGCCCCUGAUUGAAACAUCUGGAGAGCACAGCAGAGGAAUCGGAGAAAGACGCCAGCACCAGGAGAGAAAGAGGCCCUGCCCCACAAAGUCAUGGAGAAACGAGGAUUUACAAGAAGAAUUCGUAGAGCUGCUGCUUCUCCAUCAAUCUCACCGCAGACUCCAGGAGUCCCAGAGCAAGGGGAGCUGGCAUCACAGCAGGGUGGAGAAGCAAGGUCAGUUGAUCAAGGUCAAAGACUUAUUUGGCCUGGGCCUGGGUGCUCAGGAAGAAGGUCAAACAGUUGUACUGCACGGAGUUGCUGGAGUCGGGAAGUCGGUGGUGGCCAGGCAGGUGAGGAGGGCCUGGGAGGAAGGCAGGCUCUACAGGAACCGUUUCCAACACGUCUUCUACUUCAGCUGCAGACAGCUGGCCCAGUCCAAGACGAUGAGUCUCAAGGAGCUCAUCACAAAGGACUGGGCUGCCCCCACGGCUCCCAGUGAGCAGAUCCUGUCUCAGCCCGGACAGCUGCUGCUCAUCCUCGAUGGUUUGGAUGAGCUAAAAUGGGUCUUGGGGAAGGAGAAGUCAGAGGUAUGUCCAUACUGGGACCAACCACAGCUGGUAAAGACACUUCUGGGUGGGUUGCUGAGGAAAACCAUCCUCCCUGGGGUAUCUCUGCUGAUCACAGCACGGACCACGGCUCUGCAUCUGUUCAUUCUCUCUGUCGAGCAGCCACAGUGGGUGAAGGUCCUGGGGUUCUCCGAGUCCGGCCGGAAGGAAUAUUUCUACAAAUAUUUCAAGAGUGAAAGCAAAGCAUACAGAGCCUUUUGCGCGGUUGAGUUAAACCAACCACUGUUGACGAUGUGUCUCGUGCCCUUGGUGUCCUGGCUGGUCUGCACUUGCAUGAAGAAGAAGUUGGAGCAGGGAGAGUCACUCUGGCUUCCCUCCCAGACCACCACUGCCCUCUGUCUGCACUACCUUGCCCAGGCUCUGCCGGCCCAGCCCCUUGGGACUCAGCUGAGGGGCCUCUGCUCUCUGGCUGCCAAGGGCAUCAGGCAGGGAGAGAGCUUGCUCAUUUGGGAGGAUCUCAGGAAGCAUGAGCUAGAGGAGGCCACUGUCUCUGCCCUCUUAGAGAUGGGCAUUCUUCGGAAGCAUCCCUCCUCCCCAGACUACGACUUUGCUCACCAGUACCUCCAAGAGUUCUUUGCAGCCGUGUCCUGCGUGCUGGAGAGUGAGGACAAGGAGUGCCAUCCCCCCGACAGUAUCCGAGGGCUGGAAGACCUGCUAAAGGCGUAUGGGGGCCUUGCCCCAUUUGGGGUGCCAACCACAUGUUUCAUCCUGGGACUUCUGAGCGAGCAGGUGCAGCGGGAGAUGGAGGCCAUCUUCCAGGGCAAGGUGCCUGUGGAGAGGAAACGGAGACUGUUGUGCUGGGCCGAGGAGGCAGUCAGGAACCAGCUCCCCAUUCUGCAGCAGGGCUCCCUGCCGAUGCUGCACUGUUUGUACGAGACUCAGGACAAGGACUUCCUGACACGCGUGAUGGCCCCCUUCCACGGGGCGAGCGUGCGCAUCCACACCUGCCUGGAGCUCCUGGUGUUCAUGUUCUGCAUUAAAUUCUGCGCUGUGAAGGAGCUUCGACUGAAAGAGCAUGGACAGCAUGGACACACGGGGAGCUCCCUCCAUGUGGCUCUGCUCAGCGGGGUCCUGGUCACAGAUGUCUGCUGGGAGGUUCUAUUUUUCACUCUCCAGACCACUGGAAACCUGAAGGAGCUGGACCUAAGUGGAAACUGCCUGAGCAACACUACAGUAUGGAGUCUCUGCGAGGCCCUGAGGUUCCCUUGCUGCCAUCUGGAAACCCUGCGGCUGGUCGGCUGCGGCCUCACGUCCAGCUGCUGCAGGGCCCUGGCCUCCGUGCUCAGCACCAGCCCCAGCCUGACGGAGCUGGACCUGCAGCAGAACGAGCUGGAGGACGCCGGCGUGCGGUUGCUCUGCGAAGGCCUCAGGCAUCCGACCUGCCAGCUCAGGCUCCUGUGGCUGGACCAGACCCAGCUGAGUGAGGAGGUGACCUGGAUGCUCCGAGCCCUGGAGGACGAGAAGCCGCGGCUGCUCAUCCGCAGCAGACGGAAGCCGAGUGAGACGAUGCCUAACGAGGGCCCACGAGAGGGAGAAACGAGCGGCACGUCCUCACUCCAGCAGGACAGACGAGAGUCAGAGGGACUCUCCCCUCAAGUCGCCCAGGAGGGACUCGCCAGUCUGCCUUCUCCUGCCCUUCCAGAGAACCUGCACAGGGGGCCUCUGGGGACUGAGGAUGACUUCUGGGGUCCCCUGGGGCCUGUGGCCAUUGAGGUGGUUGACAAAGACAGAAGCCUGCACCGAGUUCACUUGCCCAUGGCUGGCUCCUACCGCUGGCCCAGCACAGGUCUCCGUUUCGUGGUGAGAGAGCCCGCGAACAUCGACAUUGAAUUCUGUGCCUCAGACAAGUUCCUGCAUGAGACGGCCUGGGAACAGAGCUGGAUGGUGGCCGGGCCUCUGUUUGACAUCAAGGUCAAGCCAGGGGCCGUGGCGACUAUGUACCUCCCCCACUUCAUGGACCUCCGAGGGGGCUGCGUGGACACCUCCCUGUUCCAGGUGGCCCACUUUAAAGAGCCGGGGAUGCUGCUGGAGAAGCCCACCAGGGUGGAGCUGUACCACGUGGUCCUGGAGGACCCCAGCUUCUCGCCCAUAGGAGUGUUUCUGCGGACCAUCCAUGCUGCCCUGCGUUUCCUUCCCGUCACCUCCAUGGUGCUGCUCUACCACCACACGCGCCUGGACGAGACGGUCUUCCACCUCUACCUGAUCCCCAGCGACUGCUGUGUUCGGAAGGCCAUCGAUGACGAAGAGAAGGCGUUCCAGUUCGUGCAGAUCCGCAAGCCGCCUCCACUGGCCUCGCUCUACCUGGGCUCCCGCUACGCUGUGUCCAGCUCGGAGAUGCUAGAAGCAAUCCCCAAGGAGCUGGAGCUCUGCUACCGCAGCCCCGGACAACCCCAGCUCUACUCUGAGUUCUACGUUGGAGACUUGGGGUCGGGUCUCAGGCUGCAGCUGAAAGAGGAAAGUGGCGCUGUGGUGUGGGAAGCCUUGGUGAAACCAGGGGACCUCCAGCUCGCGUCUUCUCUGGUCCCCCCAGCCCCCGCAGCCUCGCCCGCGCCCCCCAGCGCCCCAGCCUCGCUGCACUUUCUGGACCGGCAUCGGGAGCAGCUGGUGGCUCGAGUGACAACUGUGGACCCCGUGCUUGACAAGCUGCUGGGGCAGGUGCUGAGUGAGGAACAGUACGAUCGGGUACGCACCAAGGCCACGGCCGCCAACCAGAUGCGGGAGCUGUUCAGGUUCAGCAGGUCCUGGGACCUGGCCUGCAAGGAUCAGGUCUACCAAGCUCUGAAGGAGACCCACCCUUACCUCAUCAUGGAGCUCUGGGAGACAUGGGGUGGUGACAGAGAGCGGGGCACCUCCCCCCUGGCCCAGUAGUUCUCCGACCCAGCCCUGCCGUGACGCUGGCUUCGCAGAGGGCUCGCUGGGCCUCAGCCUCUUCCUCUGGACACGAGUGCCCGUCCGAUGGAUUGCCCUCUUGCUCCAGGGUCACAGAGCUCCCAUGAUGCCUCUGGGCAUCUGCUAGAAGCAUAACCCUGGAGCCUGGUGUGGUGGCCACUGCAGCCCAGGCCUAGAGCCCUUCCCAGAUUCCAGGAGGAUCAGGGAGACAGAGGGCCGGCUCCUCCAGCUAGAGACAGAUGGUGGGAGUAGACACCUUGGGGGGUUUGAUGACUUGGAAAUAAGGGCAAUAAAAGAGAUUUAUUUUUCA